AUGUCGUCUACCAUAACAAAGAUUGAGAUAUUCCGCGUGCCUCCACGCUGGCUGUUUGUCCGCGUGGAGACACAAGGCGGAAUAGUCGGCUGGGGAGAAGGCACUCUGGAAGGCCACACUGAAGCAGUCGAAGGAGCAUACCAGGACCUCGUCAGGCGGUUCGUCGGAUGGGACGCGGAUAAGAUCCAAGACAUCUGGCAACAUGCAUACAGAGCCAGAUUUUACAGAGGUGGACCCGUCUUAAUGUCCGCUCUCUCGGGUCUGGACAUUGCUCUGUGGGACAUCAAAGGCAAGCGCCUGGGCGUCCCAGUCUGGCAGCUGCUUGGUGGGAAGGUGCGCGACCGCUUGAAAGUAUACGGGUGGAUCGGUGGGGACAAGCCCAGCGCCGUCAUUGAAGGGGCGCAAGCUCGGAAAGAGCAGGGCUUCACGGCCGUCAAGAUGAACGGGACAGGCAAGUCGGAACCGGCUGAAAGCACUCUACAGGCAAUCAGCUGGAUUGACUCACCCGCCCUCCUCCUCGAGACGGUCGCCCGAGUUAGCGAAGUCAAGUCGAUCGGCCUGGACGUGGGUAUCGAUUUCCACGGUCGUGUCCACAAGGGCAUGGCGAAACAGCUCGCACGCCUCCUUGAGCCACUGCAGCCGCUGUUCAUCGAGGAACCCCUUCUGCCAACGCAGCCGCUGGAGAUCACCGACCUGAAGCACCUUGUGUCGACACCCAUAGCGCUCGGUGAACGGCUCUAUGGGCGCAACGACUUCAGACCAUAUCUAGAGGCUCGUGCAAUCGACAUUGCUCAACCUGAUGUCGCACAUUGCGGCGGGAUCAGUGAGUUGCACAGGAUAGCGACGCUCGUCGAAACGUACGAUGUAGCUCUCGCGCCGCACUGUCCGCUCGGUCCAAUCGCGCUGGCCGCUUGUAUGCAGGUUGAUAUUGCCUCACCCAACUUCUUCAUUCAGGAGCUGAGUCUGCAGAUGCAUUACAACGAGGGUGCGGACCUGCUCACUUACCUCGUGGACCCAUCGGUGUUUGCUAUCAAGGAAGGACACGUCGAAGCCCUACAAGGUCCUGGACUCGGCAUCGAGAUCAACGAAAGGCUUGUGCGCGAAUAUGCAGAGAAGUACAAGCAGGAUCAGCCCUGGAUCAACGCCAUUUGGACAGGCGCGGACGGCUCGCUGCGCGAAUGGUAG